ACACACAACGCGCCUAUGUGUCCCCCCCCCUCUUCUCUUUCACUCUUUCUUAAAAAAGAAGAAGAUGAUGUGGAGAAGAGCAGGAGAAGGAAAAAGAGGAAGAAGCUCAGUCGUGGGUCGUUCCUCGAUUAUAGAAUCAUGGCUUCUCAAAGAUAUUUACUAUUGGCAGUGAUCCUAAUCACAACUUGUUUAGAUGUAUCACUCAUUAUCACUGCCGCUGCUGUCGUGUGGAAUCCGAAAACAACUAGGUAUAUUGGAAGUUAUAACUUGAGCAAGGGACCAGUAUUCUACGAGGCACAUCCGACUACUCGAAACCCUUAUCAGAAGAAACGCUACUUCGAUCAAAAUACAAUAUUUGAAACUAGUUUUCAAAUGCCUUUGAAGCAUCUCGCGUACUCGGUCGAGACGAAUCAUCCAGUUUCGAUUAAUGAAUCAUUCGUUGUUGUGGAUGAUAAUAUGGAAAUUUCGUCGGGGGAACAACGGACAGCGACAGAACGCAAUUACCACGUUGCAAAUCAACUCUCAUCUUUCCCCAGUGAACGUUUAAUGAUUUCCGAUCAUGAUAAAAAUUCGCGAGUUGUGAGUACCGAAGAGAUUUCUAAAUUUGUUAGAAAAAUGAUAUUCAGUGAUUUAGAAAAUUGGAAUGUUCUCGAAGGAUAUCUCAAUCGUAUCGAUCAUCAAGGUCAACCAACGCCUCAGCCAGAAAUGUAUUCUGGAGAAAUUUACAAAAAUGAGAAAGACGGUACUUAUAUAUUUUCACUAAAUCAUACACCAAAAGAUUCGAAACAGUCGAAUCUCGAGGCAUCGUUGCUUCGAAAACUGGAUGUGCGUAAUGCGAAAUCACCUCGAUAUUUUGAGGAAGUCGAUGUGAACAGAAAUACAAUGACGAAUAAAAUAAGUGUCAGCGAUAUGACAGCACAAACAGUCGAUACACCAUUGAUCAACGUUCUCUCCAAUUCGUUACUUUCGGAGAACAUUUUUCAACCGCGGCCUCAAUUAAUCAAAUAUAAGUUUUUCAAGAGACUGAUGCCUUCACAGCUCGGCAAACAAAAUAAAAAGGUGAUCAAUGUGUCUACAUCACAGCGGUCUUACAGUAACAAUCUCAUUCAUAAGAAAAUUAUCAAUGGUGACCGAGUCGACAACAAACAAGGAAAAGAAAACGUCAAAGUGACAUCUAUCCAAAUAAGCGAACUGCCGCGGCACAAAACGCGUCAUCAUCACAGUGAAUGGCCUAAACGAGAUUAUUCUAGUCAUUCUUCGUAACAAGUUACUUAUUUAACUGUCUCAUAAAAAUCAAAAGCAUGUAAUUGAAACGAUUAAUAUAGAAAGUACACAUGCCA